AUGCAUUCAGCGGAAGCACGAAAGGAAAGCAGAGGAGCACAUGCUCGGGAAGAUUUCACGAAAAGAGAGGAUGGAGAAUGGAUGAAGCAUACAUUAGGGUACUGGGAAGAUGAGAAGGUGAGGUUGGAGUAUAGGCCUGUUCACAUGGUUAGGUUGAGACCUUCCCUCCUAAAGCUCGCAAUAAUUGAUAACAGUAUCAGAAGUAGAGAAAUGGAAUUAGAAGGAGACCAAAAGAAAAAGAGUUUUCUACUUGUUACAGUGUUUGAUGAGCUAAUGAUUGGAGGACGAAGCAGCGUUCGUCAUCAUCUGUCUUUUAUACAUUUUGACACCUGA